AUGUACCACUGUCUGGCAUUUUCUAUGCAUUAUUCAUUCAGGAAUCGUAAAGCCAGGUUUGAUAAACGGGCUCAGCUACUUUCUAGCCCUGUGACCUACUUCCUGGGGUUGCUGUGGCAACUCAAUGAAGUACUGUUUCUGGCCUCCGUCAUCAUCCUCGUCUUCGGAGGCAUCGCAGCUGCUGACGCGUCCUGUUUCCAGAGUGUCACGUACUUUAUCAGUACGGUGGCCCUGUCUGUGGCGGCCCUGGAGUUGUGCAUCACCAGAGUGCUCCUGCGGGCCUUUGGCGAUGAGGCUGGGAGGAGGCGACCUUUGCCCCCUGGAGCCCCAGGGCAGCCCCCUUUAAUUCCAGACAUCUGCAGCCUUCUUCUUUAUCCCUUUAUUUCUCUCUUCCAGCUGCAGAGCUAUUUUGCUGCAUGUGAGGAUGAGACCCCCGCCAUCCGGAACCACGACAAGGUCCUGCAGCGCCUGUGUGAGCACCUGGACCAUGCGCUGCUGUAUGGACUACAGGACCUGUCCUCUGGCUACUGGAUACUCGUGGUGCAUUUCACCCGCCGAGAGGCCAUCAAGCAGAUUGAGGUGUUGCAGCACGUGGCCACCAACCUGGGACGCAGCCGGGCCUGGCUCUACCUGGCCCUCAACGAGAACUCACUGGAGAGCUACCUGAGGCUGUUCCAGGAGAACCUGGGGCUGCUGCAGAAGUACUAUGUCAGGAACGCCCUGGUCUGCAGCCACGAUCACCUGACCCUCUUCCUGACCUUGGUGUCUGGGCUGGAGUUCAUUCGCUUCGACCUGGAGCUGGAUGCCCCUUAUUUGGACCUGGCCCCUUACAUGCCCGACUACUACAAACCUCAGAACCUGCUGGACUUUGAAGACCGCCUCCCUAGCUCAGUCCAUGGCUCAGACAGCCUGUCCCUUAACUCCUUCAACUCUGUCACCUCCACCAACCUGGAAUGGGAUGACAGUGCCAUUGCCCCAUCUAGUGAGGAUUAUGAUUUUGGAGAUGUGUUUCCGGCAGUGCCGUCUGUACCCAGCACAGACUGGGAAGAUGGAGACCUCACAGACACUGUCAGCGGCCCUCGCUCCACUGCCUCGGACCUGACCAGCAGUAAGGCAUCCACCAAGAGCCCCAGCCAGCGUCACAACCCCUUCAACGAGGAGCAGACCGAGACGGUGUCCUCCUCUGAUACCACCCCGGUGCACACCACCUCCCGGGAUGGGGAGUCCCAGGUCCUAGAGCCACCUGAUGCCUGCACAGAGCUUGAGGUCAUCAGGGUCACCAAGAAAAAGAAGACCGGCAAGAGGAAGAAGGUCAGACCAGGUGAGGAAGCGAGUCCUGUCCACCCACUCUGCAGCCAGCAGACGAGGGCCGGGCAAGGGGACGGCGACAGCCUGGUCAGCAGCCUCGGCCUCGGGCAGGAUCCGCCGGAUACCAGCGUGGCCUCCCCCGCAGCUGCCGAGAGCAGCGAGCACUCCGAGCUCGGCCAGGCGGGCCUGCUGAUCCCUGAGAUGAAGGACACCUCCAUGGAGCGCCUGGGACAGCCCCUGAGAAAGGUCAUCGACCAGCUCCACGGGCAGCUGGACCCCAGCACCUGGGGCUCCCAGGUCGAGCCCCCAGACCAGUCCUUUCGGACCAGCUCUCCCGGGGAGGCCCCGGAGAAACCAACACUUUGCGGCUUUAGUGAGGGGCUUCCAGCCGCCAUGGACUUCUACCGCUUUACCGUCGAGAGUCCAAGCACUGUUACAUCAGGUGGCGGCCACCAUGACCUUGCAGGGUUUGGCCAACCGCUGCAUGUUCCUGGUGGCCCUGCGACUGCUAGCCAAGAAGAAGAGGGAGGAGGAGGAGAGGGACAGACACCUGGGCUCCUAGAAGACGGGCCGAGGGCGGCUCAGGAGCUGGAGACCCAGGAAGAGGCCUCCCAGCCGCCCCUGGUCCUCGAGGGGCCUAGGUCCAAGCCCGAGCCGCAGACCCAGGAGACUCCCUGCCUGCUCAAGCAGGACCAGCCCAGCCCGUGUCUGAGUAGCGCGGAGGACUCCGGAGUGGAUGAGGGCCAGGGAAGCCCUUCUGAAAUGACCCACUCCUCGGAGUUCCGGGUGGACAACAAUCACCUCCUCCUGCUGAUGAUCCACGUGUUUCGGGAAAACGAGGAGCAGCUAUACAAAAUGAUCCGUACGAGCACCGGCCACAUGGAGGGCAACCUGCAGCUGCUGUACGUGCUGCUCACGGACUGCUACGUCUACCUGCUCCGCAAAGGGGCCACAGAGAAGCCAUACCUGGUGGAAGAGGCCGUUUCAUACAGUGAACUUGACUAUGUGUCGGUUGGCCUGGACCAGCAGACGGUGAAGCUGGUGUGCACCAACCGUAGGAAGCAGUUUCUGCUGGACACGGCAGAUGUGGCCCUGGCUGAGUUCUUCUUGGCCUCUCUGAAGUCAGCCAUGAUCAAAGGCUGUCGAGAACCACCCUACCCCAGCAUCCUGACGGAUGCCACCAUGGAGAAGCUGGCCCUGGCCAAAUUUGUAGCCCAGGAAUCCAAAUGUGAGGCGUCCGCUGUGACGGUGAACUUCUAUGGGCUCGUGCACUGGGAGGACCCCACGGACGAGACCCUGGGCCCUGUGUCCUGCCCCUGCUCACCUCCUGAGGGUGCGAUCACCAAAGAAGGUGUGCUGCACUACAAGGCGGGCACCUCCUACCUGGGCAAGGAGCACUGGAAGGCCUGCUUCGUGGUGCUCAGCAAUGGGAUUCUCUACCAGUAUCCCGACCGCACUGAUGUCACCCCGCUGCUCUCGGUGAACAUGGGGGGGGAGCAGUGCGGUGGCUGCCGGAGAUCCAACACCACGGAUCGGCCCCACGCCUUCCAGGUCGUUCUGGCCGACCGGCCCUGCCUGGAGCUGAGCGCCGAGAGCGAGGCCGAGAUGGCUGACUGGAUGCAGCACCUCUGCCAGGCCGUGUCCAAAGGGGUCGUCCCCCAGGGGCUCACCCCCAGCCCCUGCAUCCCCUGCUGCCUGGUGCUCACCGCGGACCGCCUCUUCACCUGUCACGAGGACUGCCAGACCAGCUUCUUCCGCUCACUGGGCGCGGCCAGGCUGGCCGACAUCAGCGCCGUCUCCGUGGAGCCGGGCAGGGAGUACUGCGUCCUGGAGUUCUCCCAGGACGGCCCACAGCUCCCUGCCCCCUGGGUCAUCUACCUGAGCUGCACUCCCGAACUGGACCGAUUCCUAUCUGCACUGAGCGCCGGGUGGAAAGCCAUCUACCAGGUGGACCUGCCCCGGAAGGCGAUCCAUGAGGCCUCCAGCAGGCAGAAGUUCGAGGACGCCCUGAGCCUCAUCCACAGCGCCUGGCAGCGGAGCGACAGCCUCUGCCGAGGCCGAGCCUCCCGGGACCCCUGGUGCUGAGGUGGAGAUGGGCGGCGGGCUGACCUGAUGCCCCUGCCAGCCCCACACGCAUCCACAGCCCGCUGCUUCCUCAGGCGGCAGAACCACGAGUGAGGCUGGAGACGGGGACCCCGGCUCCCAGGGAUCCUGCCUGACGGGUAGUGGCUCGCGGUGGCCAGCGCAGAGAGCCUGAGCCCUGUGGGCUCUGUAGACGCACGCUGCCUUCCCGGGCCCUACCAUCUGUCCGAGAUGGCGAUCAUAAUGCAUCUGAGGGGGAGCAAAGGGCCGGGGGGCGGGGCCUGGACAGAGGCUCAGGGCCUGCUGGGGUCCCGAGUGCCACUACUUUGUUCGUUUUGGAACACUCCUGGCUGUCUGCAUGCCUCCUCCCUGCUGAUCUUCCCCGUGUGCAGCUGCUUGCCGGGGCCCUGCAUGCCCGCAGCCUGCCCUGCCUUUUCCUAACCCCGGAGAGCCGGCAGGAACGGGGGAGCGGAGGGGCAGGGCCAGGCAGAGGAGCAGCGCGCCCCCAGCCCGAGGCCCGCCUUGGCACCUCCUGACUGUCCGCUGCUGGCUGGAGCCGGGCCCUGCCGAGUGCUUUGUCAGAGCCCUCGGAGGAAGGGGUCAGUGGUUUGGGCUUUGUUUUUUAAAUAAAAAGAUACGUUACAUUGCCGAGA